AUGAAUGGCUACGGCGAGGCUCUUCGCGGCCAAAUAAUAGAGGUCUGGGCGCACAAUCUCGAAGAGGAACUCGAGCGUAUCCGGGAUGUCGUGGAGAGGUAUCCCUACAUCGCCUUGGACACAGAGUUUCCGGGAAUCGUAGCGCGUCCAACCUCGAACGCGUUGGACUACAACUACCGGACGGUGAAGUACAAUGUUGACCUCCUGAAGGUAAUUCAAUUGGGGCUGACCUUUGCGGAUAGCAGGGGCCGGCUGGCGGAGGGAACCUGCACGUGGCAAUUCAACUUUCGAUUUGAUCUGAACGAAGACAUGUACGCGCAAAAUAGCAUCGACUUCCUUAAGCAGAGUGGCAUCGACUUUGAUAAGCAACAGAAAAAAGGAGUGGAGGUGCAUGAUUUCGGGGAGCUUAUCAUGAACAGCGGAUUAGUAAUGAAUGAAGAUGUCAAGUGGAUCUCAUUUCAUGGAUGCUACGACUUUGGGUACCUCCUCAAGCUUCUAACCUGUGAGGCGCUGCCCGAAUCAGAAAAUGCCUUUUUCGAGCUCAUCCAGGACUUCUUUCCCUCACUCUAUGACAUCAAGUUCCUUUUGAGGGAUCUUCCAAACUUCAACCUCAGCCAAGGCAGCAGCUUACAAAAGGUUAGUGAACAGCUGAACGUGCAGCGAGUCGGACCGCAGCAUCAGGCUGGCAGCGACAGUCUUGUUACAUGCCGCACUUUCUUCAACCUUGUGGACUCGUAUUUCAACGGGAAAAUCGAUGAAGCAAAAUUCUCAGGCGUCAUUUAUGGACUGGGUGCAACAGCCCACAAACCCCAUAGGGGGGGCCCCCUAGGGUCCCUUACCUCGCCACCCUCCCAAGAUAUGGGGGGCCCCGUACACGCGGAACUGAAACAAGAUGGGGCCUCUAACGGUGACCUAAUGCUGGGAGGCCCUGGAGCAAUCAGCCGUUACGUUAGUGCCGGUCCUGGUAGCCGCAUGGGGAGCCACCCCCAGCAGCAGCAGCAACAAGGACCGUGGACUGCAAUUGGUCGUGUGGGUAGCAGCGGAGUUGUCGGCAUGCGGCAGCAGCACCAGCACUCCCAGGCCAUCCUGGGCAUACCAGCCGCUGCAACAGCAACGGACAACGGCACUGCUGUUGGUGGCGAUCGUUUGCGGGGGGCCCCGGGGGCGGGGCCCCACUCGGGUAUAAUUCCAGGCGGGGGCCCCUCCAGAGGGUUCGGAGCAGAGCUCCACCGUACGGGAAGUGCGCCUCCAGCUCCUCUUCUCUGCAACAACACUGACGGCCGCGUUUGGCCAGCGCAGGGAGCUCUGGCUGUAGGGGGACGCCGCACAAACCCGGAGCAGCAGCGGGGGGACGGUGCUGCUGCACCUGCUUCUGCUGCUGCCGGGGCCUUUGUUUUUGAGGGGGCAGGAGGGGCUUCAGGGUCGCCAAGAAGGGCAUGA